AUGGCAACUUAUCUGCGUUACCCAGGCAAGGUGGUAAUCGUGACUGGUGGCACCAAAGGCAUUGGUCUGGCCAUCGUGAAAGAAUUUGUUCGCCAAGGAGCCAAAGUAGUCUUCUGUUCCCGAGCAUCUGGAGAGGAAAGGGGGCAAACCAUUCAGAGAGAGCUGCAGGAUUCAGGAAGCCCAGGUGAUGCCUACUUCCAGGUCUGUGAUGUCCGCAAUGAAACAGACAUUAAGAGGUUGAUUUUGGUAACUAUAGAACGUUAUGGAUGCCUGGACUGCCUGGUGAACAAUGCUGGAGUUGGUUAUUUUGAAAAGACAGAGGAUGUGAGUGCCCAAGAUUUCCUCAACAUCAUGCAAAUCAAUGUUGUAAGCUGUUUGUUAGCAUCAAAGUACGCACUGCCCUACUUACGGGAAACAAGAGGAAACAUCGUCAAUAUUGCCAGUAUUGUUGGUAUUCUUGGGGUGAAGAAUGGUGUGUCAUAUGCUGCAAGCAAGGGUGCUGUUAUUGCAAUGACCAAGUCCAUGGCCAUAGAUGAGAGCAAAUAUGGAGUACGAGUCAACAGCAUCUCACCAAAUGUUAUACGGACUCCUCUGUGGAAAAAGGUGUCCGAUCAGUCACCAAAUCCAGAAGCAUUAAAUCGGAAAGCCAGAGAUCAGCAGCUUAUGGGACGUUUGGGUAGCCCAGAAGAAGUGGCCUUGGGCGUCCUGUACCUUGCUGCUGAUGGAACUUUCUGUACCGGUUUCAACCUCGUGCUCAGUGGUGGAGCGGAUAUUGGCUUUGGGAAGAAGAGCGAGGUGGAUCCUCAGUGUGACCCAAGUGUGAGUGGGAGCUCUCAGGACUCCUCCAGGAAUAACAGCCCUGAGAAGCUACGUGGAACAGCCAGCAUGACAACUGGAUUGCGGUACCAGAGCAAGGUGGUCAUAGUGACAGGGGGCACUGGAGGUAUUGGUUCAGCCAUGGUCAGAGAAUUUGCUCGCCAAGGAGCCAAGGUGGUAUUCUGUGCACCAAAAUCUGAAGUGGAAAAGGGACAAGCACUUCAGAAAGAAAUUCAAGAUUCUGGGUGUGCAGGGGAAGGCUACUUCCAAGUCUGUGAUCUCCGCAUUGACAGUGACAUUCAGAAGUUGGUUUGCGUGACUAUGGAGUGUUAUGGACGCCUGGACUGCUUGGUGAACAAUGCUGCAGACUUUCUUCCACCCACGAAGAUAGAUGAUGUGACGAUCCAAGAUUUCCGCAGCCUCGUGGAGCUCAAUGUUUUUGGAGUUUUUUUAGGAUCGAAGUAUGCUCUGCCCUACUUACGGAGAACAAAAGGAAACAUUAUCAACAUGGGUAGUCUUUAUGCUGAACUUGGACUUAAGAAAGGCCUGACAUAUGCCUCAACCAAGGCUGCUGUUAUAUCAAUGACCAAAUCCAUGGCCAUCUCAGAAAGCCAGUACGGAGUACGGGUCAACUGCAUCUCACCUAGUAAUAUCUUGCCUGGUAUGUGGAGAAGAUAUGCGAACCUGGCACCAAAUCCAGAAGCUGUUAUUCAGGAAGGCAAAGAUUAUCAGCUUAUGGGACGUUUUGGAACCCCAGAAGAGGUGGCAUUGGCUGCCGUGUACCUUGCCGCUGAAGGAACUUUCUGUACAGGUUUGAACCUGGUGCUCAGCGGUGGAGCAGAACUUGGCUUUGCAAAGAAGAGCCAGGUGGAUGCCAAACCUGGCCCAAGCAGUAGUGGGAGCUCACAGGGGGGAGGGGACUUCAUGGUUCCUGCAUGGGCUGGGGAGAAGAGCUGA